AUGUACUUUGUGGAGUCUGAGCUGCUGCACUGCCACUGCGAAGGUUUGCUGCAGGAGUUUGUUGCUGUUGCAGCAGGAAAAACAUUAGAAGAAAGAGUUUUGCUGCUGCUGGGGGCCCUUGAGGGGCCCCUGAGGGGCCUCAAGACCCUCGUGUUCUGCAACACUGCAGCAACUGCCAAGCGCGUCGCGGAGCUGCUGCAGCAAAAGCUGCAGCAGCAGCAGCAGCAGCAGCAGCAGCAGCGAGAAGUGCUUCUCUUCACUGCGCAGCUCGCUCCUCUCGCUCGCGCGAAGGUCCUCAAGAAGUUCUGCGACGCGUCGCCUUCAGCCGCGCCAGCAGCAGCAGCAGCAGCAGCAGCAGCAGCAGCACAAGCAGCAGCAGCAGCAGCCCCAGCAGCAGCACCACCAACAGAAGCACCAGCAUCCCGGUGA